UGGUCUAAAAUGAAACAAGAAUUCGCUUAUAGAACACACAGGAAAAGAGUGAAAAAAAAACAAGCAAAGCCCUGAAAGACUCUGCACUACCAAUGGCGACUCCAGUAAAAGUGUAUGGACCAGCCAUGUCCACAGCUGUGUCCAGAGUCUUAGCUUGUCUUCUUGAGAAAAAUGUCGACUUCCAGCUCGUCCCUGUUCAUUUAGCCAAGGGCGAGCACAAGAAGCCUGACUUCCGCAAGAUCCAGCCCUUUGGCCAAGUACCAGCAUUUGAGGACGAAGGCAUCUCCCUCUUUGAGUCUAGAGCGAUUUGCCGGUACAUUUGUGAGAAGUACACAGACAAAGGAAAUAAAGGACUAUACGGAACAAACCCAGUAGCGAGAGCAUCCAUAGACCAGUGGCUAGAGGCCGAAGGGCAGAGCUUCAACCCACCAAGCUCUGUUUUGGUGUUUCAGCUCGCGUUCGCGCCGCGAAUGAAGGUUAAGCAAGACCAGGUGGUGAUCAAGCAGAACGAAGAAAAACUGUCCAAGGUGCUGGGCAUUUACGAAAAGAGGCUCGGGGAGACCCGGUUCUUGGCAGGGGACGAAUUUUCUUUGGCUGAUCUUUCGCACUUGCCCAACACCCAGUACUUGGUGACAACUUCUGGUAGAGGGGAGAUGUUCACUUCAAAAAAGAAUGUGGGGAGGUGGUGGAACGAGAUUUCCAGUAGACAAUCCUGGAAAAAGGUGGUUGAUAUGCAGAAUAAGGGUGCUUGAAAAAUUGCCCGGUGAUUUUGGCCUUCUUUUUUUCUCCGAGUUUCGGUGAUGGCAUUUCUUGAAUAAAUUGCUACAAUCGGAGGCUUCUUGGCCUCUUUUCUUUCUUUGUUUUUUUA